GACAUGCAAUCCAAAAUGCAACGCGAAUACGCGAUUUCCGCCCGUAAUCAACAUGGCGGCCCCGGGUAGACGAGAGUUGCUGAGGACUCUAUCCCAGUUCGGCGCUUUCAUUCUGACCCGUUUUGGAUUCUGGAAUUGUUUUAGCAUGCUUAUGCUGUUUGCUGAAAGAGCCGAUGUGAAAAGGAAGCCCGAUAUCCAGGUACCUUACCUGUACAUAGACAUGGGUGUGGCAGUGUUGUGCGCCAGCUUCAUGUCGUUCGGAGUGAAGCGUAGGUGGUUCGCCCUCGCUGCCGCCAUUCAGCUUGCUUUGAGUACUUACGUCUCCUACGUGGGAGGACUGGUUCACUAUGGGGACUGGUUAAAGGUGAGGAUGUACUCCCGGGCUCUUGCCAUUAUUGGGGGAUUUCUGGUUCUGGCGAGUGGAGCGGGGGAGGUGUACAGACAGAAACCCAGGACCCGAUCGCUGCAGUCCACAGGCCAGGUGUUCCUGGGGAUCUACCUGAUCUGCAUGGUGUACUCCCUGCAGCACAGCCAAGAGGAUCGUGUGGCGUACCUGGACCACAUCCCCGGCGGGGAGCUGACAGUCCAGCUGUUGGUGGUGGUGUUCGGGGUGCUGGCGUUCGCCUUCCUGUCCGGCGUGUACGUGCGCAUCGCCGCACAGAUCCUCUCCAUCAUGCUGCCGCUCGUCGUGCUAUUCAUCGACGGCAACCUUGGCUACUGGCACCGCACGCGCCACGUCGAGUUCUGGAACCAGAUGAAGCUAAUCGGGCAGAAUGUGGGCAUCUUCGGCGCGGUGCUCAUCCUGGCCACGGACGGAUGAGGAGGUGCCCAGGAAGAUGGUUGGCAGCGUUUAAGCAGAGGGAGGAGGCCCUCCCAACUCCCUUUCCUCCAGGGGAAGGGUGCUUGUACUCUGGGCCAGGACUGCGUCUCAGGCUGGGCUGGGUGGGGUGGGGUUGGGUUUUGAGAGGACUUAACCUGGUCAUGAACUCAUUGGAACUCAUCGAGCUUCCCAGACCACAAACAGGCCGAAGAACAUCUUCUUUACACAUCUUUAAAUCUUUCAGAUGUGAAGCGUCCAAAAAAAAACAUAAACAAAAAAAACGGUUCCAUUAUCUAUCUGUUGUUUAUAAUAUAUAAGACAUAUAUCAUCACUGUAAUGUUUGUUUACAUUUGCUCGACUGUUUUUAUAAUUGUUUAUUUAUGAAUAAAGUCUUGGUAAACCACUGUAAACUUACUGUUUACUUACUGUAAAGGCAGAGUUUACAUUGCUGUACUUUAGGGACGCCUUGUCUUGGUUGCAUCCAAGUA